UCAAAAACAAAGGUAUAUAUCAUCAGGGAGAGGAAGAGACAGUGAUAUCUACCUAAUUUCUAAACACCCAAAACCAAAAAUGAAUGAUAACUUGUUAGGUUAUGAUGAAUGGCUGCAAAGGUAUCAAGAAACCAUCGCCGGACAGGUGGCACAGCCCGGUCUACCGUGAUCACGACUAGGGCUAGUACGGAUCCCAACAUGUUGAGCUCUAGCAAUUCUGGUACUUCAAGUGGGAACCCUAAGGGUUCCAUAUCAAAACCAAUCCGAAGGCGGUCUAGGGUUUCGAAAAGGACACCAAUCACCCUCCUCAAGGCCAACGCUACCAAUUUCCGAGCCCUAGUGCAACAAUUUACUGGCUGCCGCGUUGCCACUACCUUGUCAUUUGGGGCUCGGACUGGCCCUGUAAACUUAAAUUUCGCAAUGGGUAGCCAACAUAGCGAUAUUACUGCAAAUAAUUCAAUGAAGGGCUUGUUUGAAUACAAUUUCAAUGAUCGACAGACUCAGACUCAGCCUCAGAUUCAGAUUCAGCAGCAGAAACAACAAGAACAACAGCAUCGUCACCACCACCAACAACAAAUGUAUUAUCAAGAGAAGCAAUGCAUUGUUUCAUCAGAGAACAUUAGUCCUAGUGAUGGAUAUGCUUCAACAUGCAGUAACCCUACUACACCUAAUAUCCUGGAAGACUUAGUCUUGGACAAUAUUUCUUUAUAUGAACUUAUUGGUGAUGCUUAAUCUGAUAGAAAUAUGAAUAAUUGUUACUUUUUGUGUGUGUGAAAUGAGGGACAUUUUGUCACCCAAAAGUAUGUAGUACAGUGAUAAUUACUGCUCGCUAGUGUACUUUAUGAGUAUAAUCAUACGCAUUCUAUUCAGUUUCAUGUUUUAUACUA